CAUUUAGAGUGGGUUUCAGGUGGGCUCCUGAGACAGGUGCUGUGGGCUGUGCAGGAAACUUCCCGAGUGGCUGGUGUAACUCUGGGGCGCUGCUUCUUGGUUUUAAUAACAAGCAGAUCUUAUCAGCAACUGGGUGGAAGGUAAAUCCCCCAUCUUUCUGAACUUCUGUGGAGGCAGGGGGCUGUUCUGCCUCUCAGAACCGGCUGUCAUCGGCAGCUGCUCUCCUGUCACACUGACACGGCCCCCUGGCUGGGCUGAUUGGUCGCUGGCAAUAACUGAUGUGGAAUACUGAUAUUCUCGCUGGCGGUUCCUUCCACGCCAAAGAGGCUCCUCUUCUUGCCUUCCUGACCCCAGCCCGGUGCGCUGCUCGGCCUCCCCAGACCUUGCCGCCCCUGCACCCGGGGGAGGACCAGUCCUGGGCGUGAUGCUCUGAGGCUGCUGAAAUCCGCCAGGCUGCUUUCGCUCCGGCUUGCUCUCGGGAGAGUCCUGCUCCAGACUUCUCAGGGUUUUUACAGCACAGACAACUGUAUGCGGGCCCCUGGGGAGGCUGCAAAGGACUCCUGUGUGGUGGUUUUAUCGCCUUUCAUCACUUUGCUGGCCGCAUCCCCACCCCUGCCUGGAGCUUGAUGGUGGAUUUCUUUUCUUGCCUGAGAAGCCGAGGAAGGAUCCCUCUCCUUCUGUUGACUCUUUCUAUUUUUAUGGUUUAAGUUUAUCUAUUCAUGGGGCUGAAAAGCGUUUGCAAAUCCAUCAACGGCGAAGUGUGGCAAGCCACCCAAGGUCACGUCGCCUGCCCGUGGUCAGGCAUUCCUCACUCCCACCAAGUAGAAGGUCAAUAAAAAUGGAGGCAAGCUCUUCUGGAAUCACUAAUGGGAAAACCAAAGCCUUCCACCCAGAAGGAGGCUACCAGCUGGAUAUGCAAAUACUCCCUGACGGCCCAAAGAGUGAUGUGGACUUUUCAGAGAUUCUUAAUGCAAUUCAAGAAAUGGCCAAGGACGUCAAUAUUCUUUUUGAUGAGUUAGAAGCUGUCAACAGUCCUUGCAAAGAUGACGAUUCUCUCCUUCACCCUGGAAACCUGACCAGUACUUCAGACGAUGCUAGCAGACUGGAAGCAGGGGGGGAGACAGUGCGGGAAAAAACCAAGUCAAAUGGCCUUUACUUCAGAGAUGGAAAAUGUCGAAUUGACUACAUUCUUGUGUACAGAAAAUCUAACCCCCAGACGGAAAAGAGAGAAGUGUUUGAAAGAAAUAUUAGAGCGGAAGGAUUACAAAUGGAGAAAGAGUCCUCGCUAAUAAAUAGUGACAUUAUCUUUGUGAAGUUGCAUGCCCCGUGGGAAGUGCUUGGCAGAUACGCAGAACAAAUGAAUGUAAGAAUGCCUUUCAGGAGAAAAAUCUAUUACCUGCCCCGCCGGUACAAGUUCAUGAGCAGGAUCGAUAAGCAAAUAAGCAGGUUUCGGAGGUGGUUACCUAGGAAGCCAAUGAGGCUGGACAAGGAGACACUGCCAGACCUGGAGGAGAAUGACUGCUACACUGCCCCUUUCAGCCAGCAAAGGAUCCAUCACUUCAUCAUACACAACAAAGACACUUUCUUCAACAACGCCACGAGAAGUAGAAUCGUACACCAUAUUUUACAAAGAAUAAAGUAUGAAGAAGGAAAAAACAAAAUUGGUCUGAAUCGCUUGCUUACCAAUGGCUCCUAUGAAGCUGCGUUCCCUCUGCACGAGGGAGGUUACAGAAGUAAAAACUCCAUUCGAACCCACGGAGCGGAAAACCACCGACACCUGCUCUAUGAGUGCUGGGCCUCCUGGGGCGUGUGGUACAAAUACCAGCCUUUGGAUCUUGUAAGGCGGUACUUUGGAGAGAAGAUUGGGCUGUAUUUUGCCUGGCUGGGCUGGUACACCGGCAUGCUCUUCCCAGCUGCCUUCAUUGGACUGUUUGUCUUUUUGUAUGGAGUCAUUACCCUGGAUCACUGCCAAGUCAGUAAAGAAGUCUGCCAAGCUACAGAUAUCAUCAUGUGUCCUGUGUGCGAUAAAUACUGUCCGUUCAUGAGGCUGUCAGACAGCUGUGUUUAUGCCAAGGUCACCCACCUUUUUGACAAUGGAGCCACUGUCUUCUUUGCUGUGUUCAUGGCAGUCUGGGCGACAGUUUUCCUGGAGUUUUGGAAAAGACGGCGAGCAGUAAUUGCUUAUGACUGGGAUUUGAUAGACUGGGAAGAGGAAGAGGAAGAAAUACGGCCCCAGUUUGAAGCCAAGUAUUCCAAGAAGGAGCGGAUGAACCCCAUUUCGGGAAAGCCAGAACCAUACCAAGCGUUUACAGAUAAAUGCAGCCGACUGAUCGUGUCUGCAUCAGGAAUAUUUUUUAUGAUCUGCGUGGUGAUCGCCGCUGUGUUUGGGAUCGUCAUUUACAGGGUGGUGACCGUCAGCACUUUUGCUGCCUUCAAGUGGGCAUUAAUCAGGAAUAACUCUCAGGUUGCAACCACAGGGACUGCUGUGUGCAUCAACUUCUGUAUCAUCAUGCUGCUGAAUGUGCUCUAUGAAAAAGUUGCGCUUUUUCUGACCAAUUUAGAACAGCCUCGCACGGAGUCGGAGUGGGAGAACAGCUUCACCCUGAAAAUGUUUCUUUUUCAGUUUGUCAAUCUGAACAGCUCCACGUUUUACAUCGCGUUCUUCCUCGGAAGAUUUGCAGGACACCCAGGUGCCUACUUGAGGCUGAUAAACCGGUGGAGACUAGAAGAGUGCCACCCCAGUGGAUGCCUUAUUGACCUCUGUAUGCAGAUGGGUAUUAUAAUGGUGCUAAAGCAGACCUGGAAUAAUUUCAUGGAGCUUGGCUACCCGUUAAUUCAGAACUGGUGGACUAGAAGAAAAGUGCGACUAGAGCAUGGGCCCGAAAGGAAAAUAAGAUUCCCACAAUGGGAAAAGGACUACAAUCUUCAGCCGAUGAAUGCCUACGGACUCUUUGAUGAAUACUUAGAAAUGAUUCUUCAGUUUGGAUUCACAACUAUCUUCGUGGCAGCUUUUCCCCUAGCACCACUUCUGGCCUUACUGAAUAACGUAAUUGAAAUUCGACUUGAUGCUUACAAAUUUGUCACACAAUGGAGGCGACCUUUAGCUUCAAGGGCCAAAGACAUAGGAAUUUGGUAUGGAAUUCUUGAAGGCAUCGGAAUUCUCUCUGUUAUUACAAAUGCGUUUGUCAUAGCGAUAACAUCUGACUUUAUUCCUCGCUUGGUAUACGCUUAUAAGUAUGGACCUUGUGCAGGCCAAGGAGAAGCUGGGCAAAAGUGCAUGGUUGGCUACGUGAAUGCCAGCCUGUCUGUGUUUCGAAUCGCUGACUUUGAGAACCGGUCUGAGCCUGAGUCUGAUGGCAGUGAGUUCUCGGGGACUCCGCUCAAAUACUGCAGAUACCGGGACUACCGGGACCCUCCUCAUUCACUGGUGCCCUAUGGGUACACACUGCAGUUCUGGCAUGUCCUAGCAGCUCGACUGGCUUUCAUCAUUGUGUUUGAGCACCUCGUGUUUUGUAUAAAGCACCUCAUUUCAUAUCUGAUCCCAGACCUCCCAAAAGACCUAAGGGAUCGAAUGAGAAGAGAGAAGUACUUGAUUCAGGAGAUGAUGUAUGAAGCAGAACUGGAGCGUCUCCAGAAGGAACGAAAGGAGAGGAAGAAAAAUGGCAAAGCGCAUCACAACGAGUGGCCGUGACAAGGUCAUAGUCCAUUCCCAGGCUAAGGACCUGAAUUCUGUUUACUUCUCCUGGCUGUGCAAAAGCACACUCAAGUGAAUGACUAAAAUGCAAGCGCAGUGCAUGUCGCAGACAUCGGCAGCAGCAGGGGGAGUCGGCACCCUUAACGGACUGCCUGCGAAAGCACGGUGCAGUCCAGCACACAAUUGCUAUCUAUCCAUAGACCAUUCUCGACCAAGCAAGCAUGCACGUCAUGGGCAGUCACAUUCUCAAGUUUUUAAAACCAAGGGGAACUUGUAUACUGGGCCUGUUUUUCAGCCUGUUUGCUACCUUUUUUGCAUUCUAUCCCAUGGGAAUUUUACAGACACUGGGCUAACAAUGGUAUUCGGACACCUGGACACACAUUCCUAGAAUGUCAUCGUACGGUCCUAAUUCCAUGUCACCCAAGCAACACAAACAAGACCCUGUUUACAACUUUUUCUUUCUUUUUUUUUUUAAUUUCAGAUGUUUCUGAAGAGAUGAUUAUAUAUGACAUAUCUAUAGCUAUGUGUAUGGCCAUAGAUGAAUUUCUGUGUGUACAUAUGUAUAGUCAUGUAUUCUUACAUAUGUACAUACAAGUACAGAGAUAUAUAAAGUACAUAAAAAGUCCUUACUUGUAAAUAGCCAAAAGGUACUGACAUGAAUGAUGAAUUUUCACAUUUAAAUAGUCAUCAACCAACAUGAAGCCAUGUUUAAUGCUUGUAUAAUGUGAUGCAAUAAAAUUUAAAAUAAAUUUAUGCACAUGGAAUA